AUGGAGUCUGAGAUAGAGAAUGCGCCUGCUAGAGAUGUUGAGAAGCAGAUACCAUCACAGAUCGAGAAUUCCGCUGCUGCCGCUGUCGCCGCACCCUCCGCAGAACAUGCAUUGAGUCCUGCCGUCGAUCCGGCGGUAGAGGCUCGAUUGUUGCGGAAAUUGGACAAGAGGAUCCCGACCUUGCUUGCUUUCCUUUAUCUGCUAGCUUACCUGGAUCGGAGUAACAUAGGAAAUGCGGAGAUUGCAGGCAUGGAAGAGGAUCUGAACCUGGUUGGGAACCGCUACUCGUGGCUUCUCACCAUCUUCUAUAUCUCCUAUUGUGUGUUUGAAUUCCAAGCCUUGAUGUGGAAGGUCCUAAAGCCGCACCGCUGGGCCAGCAUCGUUGUCUUCGCCUGGGGAGUCAUCGCUUCCUGUCAAGCUGCAACUAAAAGUUGGCAAGGAAUGAUGGCUCUCCGUUUCCUCAUGGGGAUUUUUGAGGCGGGCUUUGGGCCUGGAGUGCCGUACCUCCUUUCCUUCUUUUAUCGUCGCCGCGAACUCGGUCUGCGCUGCGGAUUGUUUUUAUCUGCAGCCCCUCUCGCAAGUACCUUCGCCGGCGCGCUCGCCUAUGGAAUCACUUCGGGACAUCCGCGUCUUGCCAGCUGGCGCGUGCUGUUCCUUGUCGAAGGCCUCCCGUCCUGCGUGGCUGCCAUUCUACCCUGGUUCUUCCUGCCUGACGACCCAACUUCUGCACGGUUUUUGACAGAGGAAGAGAAAGAAGUUGCCCGCACCCGGAGCCUCCAACAGACGGGAGAGGUCGAGAGAGCGAAAGGCAUUGUCUGGAAGGAUAUCGGCCUCACCUUGAUGGACGCCAAAGCGUGGUUUACCGCGCUCAUGUACUUCAGUUGCAACGUUAGCUUCUCCUCCCUUCCGGUCUUCCUCCCAACUAUCAUCGCCGACAUGGGUUUCACCGAUAUCCACGCGCAGGGUCUGACUGCACCCCCAUACUUUAUCUCCUUUCUUGUCACCAUCGCCUCAACGUAUGUUGCCGACCGGCUGGAACAGCGUGGCUACGCCGUCGCCUUCCUGUCUUUAAUUGGCGCAAUUGGCUAUGUUCUGCUCGCCACGUGCGAGAACGUUGGUGCUCGCUACUUCGGCGUGUUUCUCGCAGCAAGCGGCGUGUUCCCUGCCAUUGCAAACAUCCUGCCUUGGGUGUUGAACAACCAAGGCUCUGACACCCGACGUGGUAUGGGCAUCAUCCUGCUCAACCUGGUUGGGCAAUGUGGCCCUUUCCUCGGAACCCAGAUUUUUCCCAGCUCAGGCAAGCCUCGUUACAUCGAGGGCCAAUCCAUUUGUGCCGCCUUUAUGUUCUUCACCACGCUGCUCGCGUUGGGUCUGCGGUUCCUCUUAAAAUGGGAGAACGGGCGACUGGACAAGAAAUAUGCAGCCCCCGAUGCCCAGAGUAGUGCUCAAGAUGAGAAAACGAUUCACUUGGGAGGUGAGGACAAUUAUGGUGCGAAUUUCAGUAAUGGUAUCCGGUUCUCAAUAUCUGAUCUUGCCCCGCCUACAGCUCGAAUCAUGCCUGUUGUCUUCCAGGACAGGGCGGGGAUCUCACUCUAUGACGCACAAUUCUCUCACUCAGAUGGCAUGCGAGGCCCUAUUCCUGAUCAGAUCAUUGAUCAGGUGGUUGCCCGACUGGUUCAUUUCAAGAUCACCUGCGAUGACUUCUGCGUCUCGGAAGAGAACAUCCACGUUCUUGCUACCGAGGCGACGAGGACGGCGCCGAACUCAGCUGAGUUCCGCACCAGAAUCAAGGAUGCCACGGGGUGGGAAGUCCGUAUGCUGUCUAAGGAGGAGGAAGGCAGGAUUGGCGCUCUGGGUGUGGCGAGUAGUUCAACUUCUAUCGCAGGGUUGGCCAUGGACUUGGGAGGAGGUAGUACGCAAAUUACCUGGGUCAUUGAGACAGAUGGAGUUGUUAAAAUCAGUCCCAAGGGAUCAUUCAGCUUUCCCUACGGGGCAGCAGCACUAGGGAGACGGUUGGAGCAGGCUAGAGAGCAAGGAGAAGUGGCCGAGAAGCAACUGAAGGAAGAGAUGAUGAGCAAUUUUCGAGAGGCUUAUCGGUCUUUAGAGGUGCCGGACUCAUUGCUAAAUGCUGCAGAUGCCAACGGAGGAUUUGAUCUGUAUCUUUGCGGCGGAGGCUUCAGGGGUUGGGGAUACUUGCUCAUGAGCCAGGCCAGGGUCCGUCCAUAUCCUAUUCCGAUUAUCAAUGGAUACCGGGCAAGCAGGGAGAGCUUCCACGACACGGAAUCGCUACAGGAUAUUGCUUCCAACCCCGAUGCUAAAGUCUUCGGUGUUUCAAAGCGGCGUGCAUCUCAGAUCCCCGCGGUGGCUUUCCUGGUGAACGUCAUGAUGGAGGCCUUACCAGCCGUGAAGAGUAUUCAGUUCUGCCAAGGAGGUGUCCGCGAGGGAUUCCUCUUUGACAGAUUGCCUGCGGAAGUGAGGUUACAGGAUCCUCUUUUGGCUGCAACAGCCCCGUAUGCUUCGCCAUCCAGAGAUGCAAUUAGGGAUCUACUUUUGUCAGCCCUGCCAGAGAGACCGUCGUCUCUCUUGUCUAGACAUCCACCCGCUUCGUUUUCCUACAACCUGGUGACAGCCCUUGCGGAUCUUCUAUACGCACAUGCGAAUGUUCCUCGAGAAUCCCGUUCCGCCGCCGCUCUUCAUAGCACCACGACCGGCGUUCUCUCCUGCGUGAACAGCCUUUCGCAUGUUGACCGUGCAAUCCUCGCACUCAUACUGCCGGAACGAUGGGGUGCAGAUUUUGCACCGACGGAGCAGCUGUUCCAGGACCGGCUUCUUCAAUUGGUUUCGGUAGAAGAAGCGUGGUGGUGUCUGUAUCUGGGGCGAAUUGCGGCCCUGGUUGGCGACGUAUACCCCUCUGGAAGAGUUCCCCCCGAAUCUCAAUGGAGAGUGCGUCUCCAGACAUCAUGGGACACCAUCGCCAAAAAGAAGGAAAGGCGUGAUGUGCUUCGCGUGCAAGUGAUCUUGAAGGAGUCUGUCUCUACUACGGUGCUGAAAGACUCCCUCCAAGAUACCGCAGAGCGGAUUGAGAAAGUCGGCAAGAAGAAGAACUGGAUCAAACCCACCGACAGCGAAAGCGAAGAUGGAUACGGCGUGCGAGUAGCCGUGGAUAUCGCUGUGGCUCCAUGA